CCAACCCCUCCGGGGAAGUAGCUUGUGCGUGUGUGUGUGUGUGUGUGUUUUCCCCCUCACAACCGCCUGUGCGCCGUUUUUAAGGUCCUUUAGUCAGUCAUGUGAUUGUAACGUAACCCGACCGGAAAACACCGACAACCACCGCCGCCAAUGCUGCGUCUGAGAGGAACAGAGCAGCUGCGCCGCGACCAACGGACCGAGAGUCCACGGUAACACACACACUCUUACACACACACUCACACAGAGAGAGAGAGCAACGCCGCCUCGGCUCCACGCGCUCGCACGGAGGAAAGGUGGAAGUAUGGAGCUGGCCAACCAUGGUCUUAUCCUCCUGCAGCAGCUCAACGCGCAGAGGGAGUUCGGCUUCCUGUGUGACUGCACAGUCGCCAUCGGUGACGUCUUCUUCAAAGCACACAAGGCCGUGCUGGCCGCCUUCUCCAACUACUUCAGAAUGCUGUUUAUUCACCAGGACAGCGACUGCGUUCGUUUAAAGCCCGCAGACAUCCAGCCCGAUAUCUUCAGCUACCUCCUCAACCUGAUGUACACUGGCAAACUGGCCCCGCAGCUGAUCGACCCAGCCCGGCUAGAGCAGGGGGUGAAGUUCCUGCAUGCCUACCCCCUCAUCCAGGAAGCUACCCUGAACAGCCAAUCGGCCUUCUCUCAUCCCGAGCCCAGCAUCCGGCUUAACACAUCUCUCUAUGGCAUCCAGAUAUCAGGCCAACAGGGGGCGCAGUCCGGCCGUCUCUCCGCCAGGAGGCAGUCGUCACCCGUUGACUCGGAUAGUGCGGGCGUGCUUGAUGUGAAAGGGUCCAACGCAAACACGUCUCUCUCGUCUGGAUCCAGACUGCAGCCGGACAUGGAGGUCGAGGCGGCGGCGGUGACGACGAGCAGUAACCAGUUUGGGAGAGACUGCUCCGAGGCAGACGUGUCGUCCGGCGAAAGCGGGGCUACCUUGCCUAGUGGGAACCCUAAUACCAUCCUGCACGUGAAACCCAGCAUCAUGAAACGAAGCUCCUCGUUCCGGAAGCACUACACCUGCCACAUCUGCGGCAGUCGCUUCAACCAGCGUGCAGCUCUCAGGGAGCACCUUCUGUGGCACGCCCAGGCUAUGGCACCGUUCAUGCUGGAGUCUGGAGACGCGACCUCCCCCAUACUACCUGGAGGAGCUGCCACGCCCGAGGUGGAGGAAGUUCUGAUGGGUGUCGGAGCGUCCGCAGCCACUCCCAUAAUGGUGGAUGUUGAUGUUGAACAGCCCAUGUCUGGAUUGAAAGUCUCCCCGCGAGGGGAAAUGGCCGUCUCGGUUCCUUCGGCAGCAUCGGCGGCGUCAUCGUGUGCGGCUCAGCCGCAGGCGGACACUCCUCCCCCAUCCGACAUCGCAGACAUCGACAAUCUGGAAGGCGCAGCCGACAUCGAGCGCGAGGUGAAAAGACGGAAGUACGAGUGUCCCACCUGCGGACGCAAGUUCAUCCAGAAGAGCCACUGGCGCGAGCACAUGUACAUCCACACGGGAAAGCCGUACCGCUGCAGCGCCUGCGGGAAGAGCUUCUGCCGAGCCAAUCAGGCCGCGCGACACGUCUGCAUGAGCCAAGGGGCGGAGUCGGCGUACACCAUGGUAGACCGGCAGAGCAUGGAGCUAUGCGCGGCGGACGACUCCAGCCAGAUGGAGGCGCUGUUCCUGGGCUCCUCGGGAAGGCCGUACAAGUGUAACGUGUGCGAAAUGACCUUCACCAACCCAAACGAGGUCAUCAAGCACAUGUGCUUUAACCAAGGUGCGGUCUCGGAGGGAGGCGUCUCGGGAACGUCUGGGAGCGGCGCGAACACUGACAAAGCCGUCAAAGAUGAAGGUUCUGAUGUGUCGAGCGCUGGAUCUUUAGUCACGCCCAUAAAAACAGAAGAGGUCUUGGUAGAUUAAUAAAGCUUCCAUUCUAUAUGUGUUUUUUUUUUUAUUCAAAUAUUUGUUUUCCUGAAAAGCGUUGAUUCUGAUGUUGCUCUGUCAGUGUACAUCAGGAAACUCAUUUUGUAGGAAACCUUUUUAGUUGUUCUUGUUGUUGUUUUCUACUGUAAUUUUUCUAAACAAGCAGGGAGUUAAGAUGAGUUUAUUACACCGUGAAGCUUUAUUUUUGUUUCUUGUUCGGUGGGUAAUUCAGGUCGUUCAUUUGUUGAACAUUGUGGUUUAAGCCUUUCCUCUUUGUAACCGUCAACAGGAAGAGGAAGUAGUGAACUGCAAUAACCCCACCUAUGGUGAGAGUGUUCUCCUCACCGCGUUCUCCUCACUCAGUCUCAUAUCCUUGUUCGAUCCGAAAAAAAACAGCACAAUAAGUUUUUAAAAAUUACAUAUAAAGCAAUAGCCAGCAGCUUAUCACCGUCAAUACAGACCUUAUUAUUAUUAUUAUUAUUAUUAUUAUUAUCAGCCAAAGAGUGUUGAGCAGUUUAUUUCCUCUUCUCUUUUAUCCCCAAGAACAAAAAUGUUAUAAAUUUGUGUAAAAGAGGGACGUGUUUCAGUUACGUCCUCAUGAUAAUAAUAAUAAAGUUUUGUGAAUCCAGUCCUUCGCAAUCUCAGAUAAAAGCUCUCGUUAUUUGCUGGAGCUGUUACUGGAAUUAAAGUUUGUCAUUUAAAAUUUUUAUUAUUAUUAUAAUUAAAAUUAAUUAUUUGUGCCAACAUUUUAAAAUGAACCAUUUAAAAAAGAAUAAUUUUUACA